AUGGAUGACGAAGAUUACGGAGGCAUCGAAGACUUUGAAGGACAUGAUUAUGAGUUAGACGACGAUUAUGAAGCAGAUAUGGGGGAUGAUGAAUUAGUAGAUAUUGAUCUUCCCAACGGUUUUGUUGAUGAACAAAGAGAAGGUAUAGAUAUACAAGGCGGGGUUGGAAUAAUUUCGAGCGGAGUGAAUGGCGAUGGAAUGGACGUAGAUAAACCAGAAAAAGUCGUUCAAGAAAAAGAAAGAGUUACUACACCAUAUAUGACAAAAUACGAGAAAGCUAGGAUAUUAGGAACUAGGGCGUUACAAAUUAGUAUGAAUGCCCCUAUAUUAGUUGAUCGGGACAAUGAAACUGAUCCACUUGAAAUUGCCAAGAAAGAACUUCGCCAUAAAAAAAUUCCUUUGAUGGUGAGAAGAUUCCUUCCAGAUGGAAGUCAUGAAGAUUGGCAUUAA